GCCAGUGGCGGCGCGGCGGCGCUGUCGCUGGGCGAGCGGGAGGCCUGGGUGGCUGGCAGCCCAGCUCAGUUUCCCGAGGAGCCGCGGCGCUGAUGGGGCAGCCGAGCCCGGGACGGGCGGCCUCAGCGGCCUGAGAGAGAGACAGAAAGAAUCCUGACAUCUUUUGACAGCAGCCCCUCAUUCACAAAAGGAAUGAUGAGACUCUGGUGAGAAGAACAAUUCAUUUUGAGCUGGCUCUGCUAAAGCGGAAUCGCACGGAAUUCUCUCCAGAUUUACUCCCUGCAAGCUUGGCAUCUCCCGACAUCUUUCCAGCCUGGCUGGGUGUUUAGCAUGCGAAUUGUGGGUCUUGGCUAAUGAGAGAGAGAAUGGGAACCCAAGGCAGCCCUCUCAAAAGCUACGAUUACCUGCUGAAGUUCCUGUUGGUCGGGGACAGCGACGUGGGCAAAGGAGAAAUCCUCGAGAGCCUUCAAGACGGGGCGUCGGAAUCGCCCUACGCCUACAGCAACGGAAUUGAUUACAAAACCACAACAAUUCUGUUAGAUGGCAGAAGGGUCAAACUGGAGCUCUGGGACACAUCUGGCCAAGGGAGAUUCUGUACUAUUUUUCGAUCUUACUCCAGAGGAGCCCAGGGCAUCCUCUUGGUGUACGACAUCACCAAUCGCUGGUCUUUUGAUGGAAUAGACCGAUGGAUCAAGGAAAUUGAUGAGCACGCCCCUGGGGUGCCCCGGAUCUUGGUUGGCAACCGCCUUCACCUCGCCUUCAAGCGGCAGGUGCCCACGGAGCAAGCCCGAUCCUACGCAGAGAAGAAUUGCAUGACCUUCUUUGAAGUCAGCCCGUUGUGCAACUUCAACGUGAUCGAGUCCUUCACCGAGUUGUCCCGCAUUGUGCUGAUGAGACAUGGCAUGGAGAAGAUCUGGAGGCCCAACAGGGUAUUCAGCCUCCAAGACCUCUGUUGUCGGGCCAUCGUUUCCUGCACACCGGUCCACCUGAUCGAUAAGCUGCCGCUUCCCGUCACCAUCAAGAGCCACCUGAAGUCCUUCUCCAUGGCCAACGGCAUGAACGCCGUGAUGAUGCACGGCCGCUCGUACUCUCUGGCGAGCAGUGGAGGGGGCAGCGGCAGCAAAGGCAACAGCCUGAAGCGCUCCAAGUCCAUCCGCCCGCCACAGAGCCCGCCGCAGAACUGCUCGCGGAACAACUGCAAGAUCUCUUAGCGGGGAGGCGCCCCCGGGACGGGACGGUGGGGGGGAGGGCUGUCUCCUCCAAGCGCAUGCACCUGCACCUGCUCGCCGAUGUACAGAUGUCGACACCGCACGUCACCCAUUCCUCGGUCGCCCUCGACGGCCACACGCCCACCGCAUCGGCCAAGAACCGGUUUGCCAAGAACCGGCCUGGCGUGGCGGGAGCCCAGGCGAGAAGAAGGACAAGGGCGCACCACGCUAGCUUUCCCAGAAUGCAAUAGGUCUUCCCCUCCUCUGGCAGGAAAGGACAAGCAGCCUCCAGGGCGUCAAUUUUUCUUCUUUUUGGGGGGAAUGGGGGGGGGGAGUGGAGGGCUGGGGGGGGAUGGGGAGUGAUACGGAGGGCAGCGCGCUGCCCCUUUAAUCCUUGGUUUUCCAAGGGGAUUGCCGGUGCUACAUGGAAAAAGAAAACCCCACAUCAAUGGGACCGCAGAGUUGGACUGACGUGACCCAGACAAAACACGUCCAGCUUUGACCGGACGAAGACUGUGGCUGCCUAGGGCUCCUGAGGAAGCAGGCCACUUCGCGUCUUUUGGGCUUUUAUUUAUAAAGAAAUUAGCUCACGAUGUGAAAUUUCCCUGCCGUUCCCUCUCUCCCCCCCCCCACCCCACAACUCUGCACCUCCGGUCUGUUUUUUUAAGCCAAGGCCAUGGAGGGAAGGGAAGGAAAAGGUCUUGUAAAUAGAAGCGCUGAGCCUUGAAUUCUGGGGCUAAUUGAAGUCAGAGGGGGGGCUGGCAGGGGUCAGGAGGUGAAAUGAUCUAACACUCUGGAGAGUUGUUAGGAGUCCUGAGAUUCUUUUCUUUUCUUUUUUUUCUCUUCUCUUCUCUUCUUUUCUUUUCUUUUCUUUUUUCCUUUCUUUCUUUCUCUCUCUCUCUCUCUCUCUCUCUCUUUCUCUUUUUCUUUUCUUUCUUUUUCUUUCUCUCUCUCUCUUUCUUUUCUUCCUCGUUCUUUCUUCCUUUCUUUUCUUUCUUUCUCUCUCUUUCUUUCUUUCUCACCCUUCCUUCCUUCCUUCCUUCCUUCCUUCCUUCCUUCCACGAAAGAAUAGAUGAAGACGAAUAGAUAAAGAAGGAGGGAAGAUUUUCCUUUCUUUCCCUUUUUCAUUGUUGUUGUUGUUGUUUUUUUUAAAUCGGAGUUUUCCAGACAUUCCCUGGUAGCAAGUGCACAGCUCAGACAGACAGCAAAAAGUUAGGCUUGAAUGGGGAUUACCUGCUUGUGGGAGGCCGGGGGGGGGGGGGGGAGGGGGCUAACACCGUCCACAUCUGGAGUUGGUUACCGGCAGACCACGCUGGAGCCCUCCCUGCCUUCAAGAGAAGGAAGGCAAAAAGGUUGGGUAUAUCAGAAUUCACGAGUCACAAAAGAUCCAGUUUGGGGAAUAUUUUCCCCGGUUGCUUUUCUCUGGCUUAGCAUAGUUGAGAGGCGGAGGCCAGCGCACCACUCAGAAUUCCUGAUUUAACCUCUUUAGCACAAUUUUUUGGGCUCAUAGAGUCAUAUUUGCAUGUUUUGGCUUUGGCUUGGUCAACUGAAGGUUGCCUUGAUGGCGCUCCUCCAAGCUGCUGGGGUUGUUGAUCCAGAGCUGUUUGGAGGAGACUUCAAGAUGACCCAUCGUCAGCGGUUGUCGUCUUCUCUAGGCUCUGCCACAUGGCCGCUCCAGGUUGUGCCAAGAAGCCCUGAGGUGGUGGGAACCUCUCUUAUCAGCUUUGGAAGCCAUAUUAGGCCGGAAGCUUCCGUGCUGCCACUUUCUCAUGUGUGGGAAAGUAAGGGGGGGUGGGGGGGAUUUAGUAGCUCUGGACACUCUCCUUAAGAACAGGCCCAGGUGUAGAUUUCUUGAAAACUGGAAGGGACAUUGGAAGGAGGUGUCACCAGGCCCCCCAAAACCUUCAAGCUGAGGUGGCCUAAAAAAAAAAAACCCUAA